AUGAUGAGUCGUGGUUGUGACACCCCCAAUGCUACAGUCUACAAUCGAAUGGCGGCAAAGACACCAAGCCCGCUUGAGAAUUACCAGGUAUCUGUGAUGUCGACGCCAAGCAACUUCAAAACUCCUGGCAAAUAUACCAACAGUCCCGGACCAAAGUAUAAGAAGAAUGGUCUGACUCCAAAGAACUUGAUGGCAACUCCACAUCGUCAUCGGACUCCCUCCGGCCCUCUCUAUAAUCCGUUUGAUGAUGGGAAUCUUGAGACCAUGCACUUGCCAACAUUUAGCCCGAAUGUCUUCAAAGUGACGUCAACUCCAAGCAGUUCUCAAAAGACGCCUGCCAAGUCUGCGUUUCGGUGGUCGAUUGAUCAACAAGCCAUACUAUACCCAGCUGAUAUUGAUGAGAUGCCCCACCACCAGGAUGCGCUAGUCUCACAAUUGCAUGAUGACAGGAAAGAGGAAGAGGUUCAGAAUGCAAUCGACACAUUCUUCUCAAGCAAUCUCAUUGUGCCAUCGCCGUGGACAGAAACACCAACCAACAGAUCAAGAAUUCCACGAGAACUAGAAAAAGACAAAAGUAGCAGUCAGAGUUCAAAAGACAGUUCCCUGGGAAGUUCACAGGAUAAUUCACAAGUUGGUGCAAAGAAAGAUAUGGCUUGUCAGACAACGUUGACGUUACCAGUAGGAUUCAACCUCCAGGCUUUACUAGCUGAACACUUUACUUACACUCAGCAAAAUGAAUCGACAGAAAUGCUCAGCACGUCCACACUCAGGAGGAAGUUGUUCUGCCAGGGCGACCAGCCAGCGAGUCUGCGACCAGGGAAAACAGACUGCAGGAUGCCUGAGUGCGAGGAUAGGAACAUGACAGUCGAUUCCCCUUCAACAUCACCCCUGAAAUACACAACACCUUGUCGACGAAGAAGUCCAGUUGCGACACCAGCAUCGGCCCAGUUUUCGUCGAGUCCUAUCAGGAAAGCCGGUGCAAGAAGUUCAACUUGUGCACUAAUGGAACGCCUUUCGUCACCAGAGCUGUCCCCAAUCAGUACCCCGCUAUCAAAACGCUCAAGUCCUGGCAGAUGUGGUGUCCAGCUACAAUUUACUCCAUCCUCCGAUCAUCAUCAGAGUAUAGUUCUUGCCAGUCCAGAUAUAUCUCCAAUCAAAUUUGACGAUAGCUUUGGUGACACAGAAGCUUCCUCCCCAGAUUUUGUAAACCAUGAAGAUAAAGCCACGGUGGGGUCGUUAUCAGAAGAUCAUGCUGAAGCAGAUGUGUAUCGAUGCAGAGACACGAUCGAGAUGUGUUUUGAAGCCCCAGAAAUCUUAGGCUGCACUCAAAAUAUGGACAUUGACCUUUCAACGUGCGAUAACGCUGUUUUGGAACAGGAGCCACGUCUCGGGAACUGGGGAUUAUCGAUCAUACGAGAAUGCUCCGAUUCUGCUGAACGGACUAAUCUAGACAUGGGGUCUAGCGUGACGUUUACAACACUGAGUCACGACACUGGUUAUCAGACGGCAAGCUUGCAAUCGACCAAUCAGGAGACUGGAAUGCUUCACACUGAUCUCACACAGCAGAUGGGUAGUUUGCCUCUGUGUUCGGUCAGCGAUAUCAACAACGACACUGAAUCUCUAUUGAAAUUAGUGGACGACUCCGGACUCAGUUCAUCCAGUUCCUCGAGAGGAUUAGAAAGCUAUAAAGAGAAUAUGUAUAUUGAAUCUAAUUUCCCAUUCGGAAACUUUCAUGGGAAGAUGAAAUCAAGCGUUUUGUCCGAGAACUCCAGCGGUGUUUUUCCGUGUUCGAAGGAACAUAAACCCCUCCUGCAAGUCUUCCCUUAUAAUCAUGAUUCAAAGUCAGCAACCGGUUCAUUUGAAAUGUGCCAUUCUGGCAGUUUGCCCAAAAUGAUUCAGUCCGAGUCUGGCAUGCCACUUUUUUCAUGGGAUCCAGCUACCCUGUAG